CAUUGAGUCGAGUAGGACGUGUGCCGCGCGUCUCGGUGGCGCUUUUUCCACUAGUUUUUCCCCAGCAAAUCAAUCGACUGUGCCCUCGUUCGACCCGCCACGAUCGCGUGAAACAGCGUCCAGUCCGUGAGCGACGCAUUUCGCCAGUGCAGCGAUCGAAUUGGAUUCGAAUUGUCGCGAAAAUUUCACCCGUGUCUGAAGAAAUUUUCUCCCGAGUCGUAAAGAAGCACCGAGUGUGGAGGUGUCUGCCAGUGGCGCUGUGAGUGUGUGCGUACGGAUGGUACGGUGAAUCCGUGCAGUGGUCCAUUGAGAAGAACUUCCUCCCGUGGCGUGAGUUGUUUUGAUUUCGGUCCACUCGAGCAAAAGUGAAAUCGUCCGCCAGAAGGGAAAAGUUCCAAGGAAAGCGCAACCGCUUCCUGGUGGCAAGUGCGCCCGUGGAGCAGGAGUGGGCUAUGUGGCUGUUUGGGCGGUAGAACCCCUCCUGCAAGAAUUAGCGCCAAGAAGUGAUGUUGACCGCGACUCUGGCCUGCUGUGCGCCCAUUGUUUGUGUAACUCCGCCGAGCUCACCGCGAGACUGCCGUGAGAUGCUUUAGUCGCGGGCGUGCAUCCUGGUGGCCGCAAAAUGCCUCAAACCGUGCAAGUUGCAUCGCUCCUGGGACGACAUUCCGCUCGACUCCCCGCACUUACUCGCUCUGUGUCCGCAUCGCGAUCGUCCCCCGCCCUCCGCUACCUUGAAUGAAUGACAGUUGAUUUGCGUGCGCGUUUGUGUGUGUUGGUUUUGUUUUGAAAAAGCAGAAGAAGUGAAAGAAGCUGAGUUGAAAGUUUACUCGCAGUCGUGUUGUGGUUUCUUCGUUCAGCGCGGACCGAGUCCCCCGGAUUAACGCCGCGCCUGCCAGACUCCCGCAGGAUUUAGUUCGCCCGCCAGCAUUCGCACAAGUCGCCGUUCAAGGAUUAUCUCAUCUCAUCAAACGUCACCAACAUGUCAACAACCAGCACCACUACAGGUGUCUGCCUGCUGCUGCUGGUGUCUCUCCAUUCACAGAUUGCUUUCAGCGCUGAUUUAGUUAUAGAAAUUCCCGGGAAUCUUGGACAAGAAGAUUCCUAUUAUCGAUUAGACUACAGUCCACCAUAUGGAGAUCCUCCGCCCAACAAAACAUUAGCAUCACGAGAUGUCGGGGAUGAAAUCCAAUUUUCAAAUGGCCUUCCUGGAACAACAUACAACUUUUGGCUAUACUAUACAAAUGCAACACAUCAAGAUUGGUUGACGUGGACUGUUACGAUAACAACAGCUCCUGAUCCUCCAUCAAACCUCUCCGUAGCAGUACGUAGCGGCAAAACAGCUGUGAUAGGAUGGAGCUCACCGACUCAAGGAAAUUAUACAUCCUUCAAAAUAAAAAUUCUUGGACUCUCAGAUGCCUAUGAAACAAACAGGACAAUCACUAUCGAGGAUAACUCAUUACAAUAUCAUGUGCGUGAAUUAACGCCAGGAGCUACAUAUCAGGUCCAAGCUUACACAGUUUACGAUGGCAAAGAAUCUGUGGCUUACACUAGUCGAAACUUUACAACAAUGAAAAGGGCACGUCACAAGGAUUUAUUGGACAUUAAAAUUCUCAGAGAGCCUAAUACCCCCGGAAAAUUCAUCGUAUGGUUCCGAAACGAGACAACAUUGCUCGUAUUAUGGCAACCGCCAUAUCCGGCUGGGAUAUACACUCAUUACAAAGUAUCUAUUGAACCACCCGAUGCUUUAGAAAGUGUCCUUUACGUUGAGAAAGAGGGUGAGCCGCCUGGUCCAGCACAAGCAGCAUUUAAAGGGUUGGUCCCCGGUCGAGCGUACAACAUAUCAGUACAAACAAUGUCGGAGGAUGAAAUAUCCUUACCAACGACAGCAACAUAUCGAACGGUCCCUCUACGUCCUAUGAAUGUUACUUUCGACAAGGAUUCUAUAACAUCAAAUUCAUUUAAAGUCAUGUGGGAAGCACCUAAAGGAAUAAGUGAAUUUGAUAAAUAUCAAAUAUCCUUGUCGACGUCUCGCCGGCAACAGACUGUUCAGAGGACGGGUGAACCCAUAGAAUGGCUCGAAUUCAAAGAAGGCUUAGAGCCGGGAAAAACAUAUCAAGUAGUUGUUAAAACAGUUUCCGGGAAGGUAACAUCUUGGCCAGCAACUGGUGAUGUCACAUUAAAGCCAUUGCCGGUCAUAAAUCUUCGAUCAACGACGGACGAUAAAUCUGGUAUUAUGACAAUUAGUUGGGAACCGGAUCCGGCCAGCACCCAAGAGGAAUACAAAAUCAGCUAUCAUGAGGUGGAAACAUAUAAUGGAGACUCAAGUACGAUGAACACCGAAUUUACACGUUAUAUCAUGGAGAGCUUAUUACCUGGUCGGAAUUAUUCUUUGACUGUUCAGGCAAUUUCCAAAACGAUGGAAUCAAAUGAAACGACUAUCUCUGUCGUUACUCGCCCUUCGUCUCCUAUCAUUGAAGACCUGAAGUCAAUCAAAGAAGGGUUGAAUAUUAGCUGGAAAAGUGAUGUUAACUCCAGGCAGGAAAAAUAUGAGAUCUUGUACUCGAGAAACGGUACAGAUGAAGUCAAGACAAUUUUAACAACGGAAUCCAGACUGGUUUUGAAAAAUCUAUUUCCCGGAGCUGGCUAUGAAGUAAAAGUGUUUGCUGUAAGUCAUGGGCUAAGAAGUGAACCACAUGCAUAUUUCCAAGCAGUUUUUCCCAAUCCGCCACGUGGUAUGACUAUUGAAAAAGUUACCAGUAAUUCAGUAACAGUUCAUUGGAUGCCUCCACAUCGUAGCGAAUUCUCUGAAUAUUCAAUUCGGUAUCGAACUGAAAGUGAAAAUCAGUGGAUUCGUCUUCCAUCUGUUCGUUCGAACGAAGCCGAUGUUACCGAUAUGACUCCCGGAGAGAAAUACACGAUUCAAGUCAAUACAGUCAGUUAUGGAGUUGAAAGUGUUACUCCCCAGCAAGUGAAUCAAACCGUCCGUCCAAAUCCAGUUUCAAAUAUAUUUUUACUUGUUGAUUCGACGAAUAUUACUCUGGAAUGGCCUCGACCAGAAGGUCGUGUUGAAACUUAUGUGCUUAGAUGGUGGCCGACCGAUAACCCUUCAAAGAUACAUAUGAAGAACGUAUCAGAGCUACACAUACCGCCUAUCAUAUCUUCAGAUGGAAACAGUAAAACAGGUGAUGAGCCUCAGACAGUGAGGGUACUAAUCGGAGAACUCAUGCCGGGCGUUCAGUAUAAAUUCGAUAUUCACACAAUAUCAUAUGGACUGGCUAGUGAUACAACACAUUUAUCAACCAGAACAAUGCCCUUGAUACAAUCAGAAGUCCUUGUGGUGAAUAGUCUCCAUGAACGUGACACCGUCACAUUGAGCUAUACACCAACUCCUCAAACAGUUUCGAAAUUUGACAUCUACAGGUUCUCUCUGGGAGAUCCAGACAUUCCAGAUAAAGAAAAAUUCGCCAACGAUACCGAUAGAAAAGUAACCUUCACAGGACUAAUUCCCGGACGACUAUACAACAUUACAGUAUGGACAGUGAGUGGUGGUGUGGCCAGCCUUCCUAUACAAAGGCAAGACAGAUUGUAUCCAGAACCAAUUACUCAACUCAAUGCAACCCGAAUCACCGAUGAAGAAAUCACUUUAAAAUGGGAUAUACCCAAAGGAGAAUAUAAUGCUUUUGAAGUGCAGUACCUAAAAACUGACUCAUAUUACGUUCAAAACCUAACAGUUUACGAUAACAUAACAAUCACAGAUUUAAAACCACAUAGAAAUUAUACAUUCACUGUGGUCGUUCGUUCCGGAACAGAAUCGAGCGUACUCCGAAGUAGUUCACCUGUGUCUGCUAGUUUCACUACCAAAGAAUCAGUUCCCGGUCGUGUUGAUCGUUUCGAACCCGUCGAUAUUCAGCCUAGCGAAAUUACAUUCGAAUGGGCGCUCCCACCAAGCGAACAAAAUGGAAUUAUCCGUCAGUUCUCGAUUACUUAUGGAUUAGAAGGAUCAUCUCAUACACAAGUUAGAGAUUUCAAGGCCAGUGAAUCCCGCGGCAUUAUUAAAAACUUAUUACCAGGAAAAACUUACAUUUUCCGAAUACAAGCAAAGACAGUGAUUGGUUUUGGUCCUGAAACAAUAUGGAAACAAAAGAUGCCAAUUUUAGCCCCACCAAAACCAGCCACCCAAGUAGUGCCAACAGAAGUUUACCGAAGCUCGUCAACAAUUCAAAUUCGAUUCCGGAAGAAUUAUUUCACAGAUCAAAAUGGAGCGGUCAUUAUGUAUACUAUCAUUGUUGCCGAAGACGACACGAAGAAUGCAUCUGGAUUGGAAAUGCCUAGUUGGCGCGAUGUUCAAGCAUAUAGUGUAUGGCCUCCGUAUCAAGUUAUUGAGCCGUACUAUCCAUUCAAGAACAGUUCAGUUGAGGACUUCACGAUCGGAGCGGAAAAUUGUGAUACACGGCAAACUGGAUAUUGCAACGGGGCGCUGAAAUCUGGAACCACAUAUAGAGUGAAAGUGCGAGCGUUUACAGCACCAGAUAAAUUUACUGACACUGCAUAUAGUUUUCCAAUUCAAACCGAUCAAGACAAUACAUCAUUGAUAGUGGCCAUCACGGUCCCGCUGCUGCUCAUACUUGUUCUAUUUGUGACAAUAAUACUACUAAGACGACGGCGAAAUAGUGGCCGAAAAACUGCAAAAGAAUCUCGAACGAAUGAUAACAUGUCACUGCCGGAUAGUGUGAUCGAGACGAAUCGGCCGAUACAAAUCAAACUUUUCGCGGAUCAUUACAGGAUGAUGUCGGCCGAUUCCGACUUUAGAUUCAGUGAAGAAUUCGAAGAGUUGAAACAUGUCGGCCGAGAUCAACCAUGUACAUUUGCUGAUUUACCAUGUAAUCGACCGAAAAAUCGUUUCACCAACAUUCUACCGUACGAUCAUUCGAGGUUUAAGCUACAACCUGUGGAUGACGACGAAGGAUCAGAUUAUAUAAAUGCCAAUUACGUUCCCGGACACAAUUCUCCGCGAGAAUUCAUCGUUACUCAGGGUCCUUUACAUUCAACCCGCGAUGAUUUCUGGCGGAUGUGUUGGGAAAGUAAUUCGCGAGCUAUUGUCAUGCUAACAAGAUGCUUUGAAAAGGGACGAGAAAAGUGCGAUCACUAUUGGCCGCACGAUACAGUGCCCGUAUUUUAUGGUGAUAUUAAAGUUCAAAUACUCAAUGAUAGUCAUUAUCCGGAUUGGGUGAUAACUGAAUUCAUGAUGUGCAGAGGUAACGAACAACGUGUCAUUCGACACUUCCACUUCACAACAUGGCCGGAUUUCGGUGUGCCAAACCCUCCACAAACAUUAGCACGUUUCGUACGUGCCUUCAGGGAGCGAGUGGGGCCUGAUCAACGGCCAAUAGUGGUUCAUUGUAGCGCUGGAGUAGGACGUUCUGGCACAUUCAUCACAUUAGACAGAAUUCUGCAACAGAUACAAGUAGCCGAUUACGUCGACAUAUUUGGUAUUGUUUGGGCUAUGAGGAAAGAACGUGUUUGGAUGGUGCAAACAGAACAACAAUAUAUUUGCAUACAUCAAUGCUUAUUAGCCGUCCUGGAAGGAAAGGAGAAUGUAGUCGGUCCUCCGAGGGAAAUUCACGAUAACCAAGGAUAUGAAGAGAGACAAUCAAUCACAAUGAAUGGUGAUGUGAUUGGUGUAGACGAUGAAUAUCAGCCGAUUAUUGAUGAAGAUCAAUUAAAUCAGUGGAGGGAUGAAAGAUGACCCGAACUCAACGAGAUCGAUAACAACAACAUCGUUAUUGUUCUCGUUGGCGAUAAGCAAGAAUGCAACAAGAGUUCAGGGGGAGAAGAGCAAGAACUAGAUGAAUCUCAGGAAAAUACGAAUAAUCCUCAACAUGAUCACUGCCAAAAUGAAUCACAAACGCUACAGCAAUCGCAACAAAUAUUUGACGAACAACAACUAUCAGAGAACGAAGAUCAACAGCCAAAUAAUAUUAGUCAUAGUUCUUCUAAA